ACACUCCUGAGGAAGCCGCCGCUGCCGCCGGCCACCUGUAGAACCUUCUGGGGAUGGCUGAAUGCCGUGUUCAAUAAGGUGGACCACGAGCGGAUCCGAGACGUGGGGCCCGACCGGGCGGCCUCGGAGUGGCUGCUGCGCUGCGGGGCGCUGGUCAGGUACCAGGGCUCGCCCCGCUGGCAGCAGGACUACAAUGGGCUACCCACAGGGCCCCUGGGCAAGUACAAGAUCGAGGCCAUCAACGCCACCGACUCCUGCAUCAUGUACAGAGGAUUUGACUAUCUGGAUGGUCUGGAGCACGUUACAGAUAUCAAGCUGGAGAAGUGCAUAUACAUCCAGGACGAGUGUCUGCAGAGGCUCAGCGAGACCAGCAACCUGCAGAAGAGUCUGCAGCGGCUGGAGAUCAUUUCCUGUGGGAAUGUCACAGACAAAGGCGUCCUUGCACUCCACAAGCUGAGGAACCUGCAAUAUUUGUAUCUGAGUGACCUUCCUGGGAUCAGACAGAAAGAAACAACCUUCCGUGUCCUUCAGCAGGCACUGCCCAACCUGGAGCUGGAGCUGGAUUUGGAAUAAACACAGCAGCACAUAACUGAGAUGU